CUUCCCCAUUCCUCAAACCCGGCGGCGAAGAUGAAGUACAACCCAAGAGUCACCUCCUCUCGCAGGAAGAACAGGAAGGCUCACUUCACAGCCUCAUCAAGCGAGAGACGCGUCAUCAUGAGCUCACCUCUCUCCACUGACCUUCGCCAGAAGUACAACGUCAGAUCCAUGCCUAUCCGCAAAGACGACGAGGUUCAGAUCGUUCGCGGUACCUACAAGGGACGUGAAGGAAAGGUUGUCCAGGUGUACCGUCGCAAGUGGGUGAUUCACAUCGAGAGGAUCACGAGGGAGAAGGUGAACGGAACCACCGUCAAUGUCGGAGUUCAGCCGUCGAAAGUGGUGAUUACGAAGCUUCGUCUUGAUAAGGACAGGAAGUCGCUUUUGGAGAGGAAGGCCAAGGGACGUGCUGCUGCGGAUAAGGAUAAGGGAACCAAGUUUACUGCUGAGGAUGUUAUGCAGAACGUUGAUUAAUCAAAGAGUUGAUUGAGUAAGGUGUUUUUAUCUUUUUAAGUUUUUAAUCACAAGCAGUACUUUUGUGUUUUAAAUUUUGUUCUGUCGAAUGUUUGCGGACAUGAGUAAGGAUCAUUUCAUUUCAAUUUGGAUUAUGAGUUUGACUCUUUUAGCCGUUAUCUAAUGUUUGAUGCUUUUUUACAUGAA